GCGCGCGCGCGUGCGUGAUUGCAUCAGGCAGACGGAACACGGAGAGUCGAGCGGGGAACGGGCGGGGGUUGUCCACGCGCCGGCUGACUGACGUGGAGGCGAAGGCGGCGAAGUGACGUUGCUGGCCUACCGGUCUCUGGUUGCUGAGCUACCCCAGCAAAAGUUUGGCAGCGGCGGCAGGGUGGAGGAGCAGCAGCAGCAGCAGUCGGGGUGGGCGGCGCAGCGCGAUGCCCAGGACGCCGAGUGACACCCUGAACCAUGCGUGGCGGAGCUAUCGGGAGUCGGAGUCGCAACAGCGGCAACAGAUGACUGCUGUUCUCAGUGACACCUUUGCAAGAUUGACAAUAAUAAAGGCAAAAGGCGCAACAGACAUUUAUCCAGUUUGUCUCAUUCUGUGAUGUUUCACUAUUUCUUGGAUCAGCUCAGUCCAUGGUCAAAAUCAACUGCUUGGAGAGGUUCCUCACUCUUUUUCACUAUUAUAGCCACAAAGGAAAUCUGAAUGCAACAGAAGCCAUCAAGUUCUGCUCAGACAUGAGCAGUGCCUGUAACACGUUAGCGCGAGAAUUCCUGACAGAUGUGCACCAGCUUUGUAAUGCUGUGUCUCAGAGGUCUGAGAACAAGGAGGAGGAGGAGGAAGAAAGCCACAUGGUUGCAUUGGGCGAAUAUCUAGUUCGAGGUCGAGGAUUCCUACUCCUAAGUACACUGGAUUCCAUUGUUGAUCAGGAACUAACCUGCAGAGAGGAAUUGCUUACUUUACUGCUGUCGCUUCUUCCUCUGGUUUGGAAGAUACCUGUUCAAGAAGAGAAAGCUCCAGAUUAUAAUCUAUCUGCACUCGAAGAUCUUUUGUGUACCAAAGAGACCAAAUAUUCUGCAUCUAAACCUCAGGAAAAAACAGGUCACACACCAGAUGGAAACUUGGUUUUAUAUGCUCAGGUACCAUCAAGAUGCAGCACCAGCAACUGGAAGACAAGGCGACAGCGCAGAAGUGCGCAGUGCUACACUCUGAGGGAUGCAAGGAAAGUCCCACUUUCUACAUCUGAUUCUGACUCUGGUUCAGGUGAUGACAGUUCAGUCAUGAUCAGACAAAGACGGCAGCAGAUUUUACAGCCUUUUAUAACCCGUCAAUCAAGAGAGGACUAUAGCUCCCCCAUGGGCUCUCUGCUUCCAUCCUUGAGAGUCAGUGAAGUAGUACACGAUAACCUAAGUUCAGAAAGUGCUACUGUUUUGGAAGAAGUAGACAUGGAGUCAACUGUUUUAAGUCGAGUAGCUAAUACUCCAUUUGAUCUUUGUCACAUUUUAUUGUCUCUGUUAGAAAAAGUUUGCAAGUUUGAUAUGGCCUUAAAUCACAAUCCAGCUUUAGCAGCUAGUGUAGUUCCCACAUUAACAGAAUUUUUGGCAGGAUUUGGGGAUUGCUGCAAUAGUAAUAAAUCUGAAGCUGAGGAAGUCGCUAUGGGAUGGACAACAGAACCAGCAGCCCUGGUUCAAAGAAUGCUUCUACGGACUGUAUUACACCUGAUGUCAGUUGAAAUAAAUUAUAGAAGUAACAUUCCAGAUACGCUUAGAAGAAAUAUUGUAGACUUGCUGAGGGCAACAUUGAAGAUUAAGAAUUGUAUUGAAAAGCGCCUGGAUCCUUUUGUUCUACAGCCAAAGAAGACACUGCAGGAGCUCAGCAAAGAUAUUUCUUUGUCAUCUUCUCAUCACAAAAUACUUCUGCUACCCGAGCUACUUGAGGUAGUUUUGCAAAUUCUAAUCUGUACCUUGCAGUCAGCUUCCACUAAUCCUUUCUUCUUCAGUCAAGCCAUGGACCUCGUCCACGAGUUUACGCGGCAUCAUGGCUUUGAACUGUUUGAAAGUACAGUGCUGAAGAUGGAAGUGUUAAUUACAAAAGGUGAUCCCCAGUCUAAAGAGGCAGCAGAACAUAUCAAAUCGCUGAUUGGUAAUGUCAUGAAAAUAAUCAGCAUUGUCAAGAAAGUAAAAUCAGAACAACUCCACCAAUCUGUUUGUACACGUAAGAGGCACAGGCGAUGUGAAUACUCUCAGUUUAUGCACCACCACAGAGAUCUGUCAGGUCUCCCUGUUGCAGUAUUCAAAUAUCAGCAGUCCAACAAUCCUUUCGAUGUAGCAUUAGAUGGUGAAAUUUGCUAUCCCAGUCGCUGCUGCUGUAUUGCACUGUGUGCUCACCAGUGUCUGCGUUUGCUGCAAGAAAUUAACUUAAGCAGCACUUGUGUGCAAAUUUUAUCAGGUGUGCACUCUGUGGGAAUCUGCUGUUGCAUGGAUCCAAGAUCUGUCAUUGUCCCCAUGCUUUAUGCCAUGAAGUCACAAACUUUAAAAAGCUGUCAACUGCACAUCUUAAAUAUUCUGAGUAAAUUUAUCCUUGAACAGCUUGGGGGUGGAGAGGUAUCAGAGAAAAUGAAACAUGCAAGCUGUAAUAUUUGCACUAUUGAUAGUAGUCAGACACCUGAUAUUGCUGAGGUUCUACAAGGAAAUUUACUAGAAACUGGUUCUUCAUCCAGUCUUUCCAAUCCCAAAUUCCAAUCAGAUGGUAUCUUACCAAACGGAAGGUCCAGAGACAUUAUGUGGACUUGGGAGGCCUUGGAAGCUUACCAAGAUCUUCUUUUCAUUGAAGACACACAACUGAGUUUGCAAGUUGCCAGCCAUAUAUGUUACCUAAUCCAAAAAGGCAAUGCUGUGGUUAAAUGGCAACUUUACACUCAUAUCUUUAACACUGUGCUUCAAAAGGGAGUGGAACUGUCUCAUUAUGGACAGCAGCUAAGAGUAACAAGACACUCUACCCAAGCAUAUAAUCACCACAUCAGAUAUUUGUCUCGAGAGGUUCUUCAACUUCACCUGCACACAUUGCCUUCACUCUUUAAAUCCAAGCUGAUUAGAAGCCUCUUUUUGAGCUGCAGUGGAUUAAAUCAGAUGACAGAAUUAAUUUAUCUAGACUGCGUUAGAUCCAGUGCUUUGAUGGUUUUUGAAACUUUAAUCCUGUGCCUUGGAGAUCAACGUAUAAAUGGAGAAGAGGAUGAAGAGACUAAUACAGAGGACUCUGCUUUUAGUACCAGUGAUAUUGCAAGUAGCCAACACACUGCACCACAUAAAAAUGAGAUGCAGCAGAGCUUAAGUAGGUUUUAUGAGGUUCUGAAAGAAUCUCACCCCAAAAAGAAGAAAGUCAGAAAUGUAGACAUCCAUAUAAAUGUGAUAAACCUGUUUCUCUGUGUUGCAUUUAUGUGCAUCAGUCAAGAGCCUGAAUCUGAUCGUGAAUCUGCUAACGAUUCUGAAGAUACCUCUGGCUAUGAUAGCACAGCCAGCGAGCCUGUGGGUAAUGUGCUUCCUCAUUUAUCACCAGACAAUGUUGUUUUACCUUCAAAAGAGCAUAUCAGACGUGCAGCAGAUGUGUGGUCCGUAUGUCGUUCAAUCUACUUGAAAAAUGUUUUAUUCCAGAAGCAAUUCCAUAAACUAGGUGGUCUGGAGGCCUGUCAUAGAUUGCUGAUGAUUAUUAUUCAGGGGCUAUCCAAAACAAUCAUGGACAAUGGAAAUGAAAACAAAGUAGGAACCUUAACUCAGUGUGAAAAUCGUGAACAAUUAGACAUUUCCUUACAUUCAUCUUCAGAUCUGAUGGCCAAUAAAGAUGCAUCCGAUGUCAGCAAUAGUGAGGAAUCAACUAAAUCAGAGUCAGAAAUUGUCCAGGAAUCAGCAAAUCAUUUGGAUGAGCAGAGUACUGCUGCAGAAGGUGAUGAGGAUUGGGAUUUUGUGGAGCCAGAACUACAGAGAACAGAGGAGGAGUGGGCAUUGCAGAGCAUCAGGUUGCUGGAAGCUUUACUAGCCAUCUGCUUACAUGCUUCGCUUCCUUCUGGGAGAGCAGAUUUGGAACUUUCUCCACAGAACCUUUCUGUGGAUGAAAUACUGACUGAAAUUCGAGAACUCCUUGUGCAUUCGGGGAUUGUUAAUUCUCAUCUAGCCAAGCCCCUCUUUGAUUCCUUGCAAUGUGUAGCUUUGGGAAGAAGUACUCCUGUUGGCUGUUCUGCUGAGCAAGGGAAAAUAAAGCAACAGGCAGUGAAUGACGAGACAGGACUAGAGAUGGGUGAUACUUCAGAGGAGACAGAAGAAUCACAGUAUUACAGCAUCAGACUUUUUGCAGAAGAGGAAGGGUAUGAGGCUGAUAGUGAAAGUAACCCAGAAGAUGCGACAACCAAGGAAGAAGAUGGAACACCAGAACUCGCUUCCCUAACUCAGUCAUCUAGUUAUCUUGGAAAUCCUCCUGAGAGUACACUGGGUGACCUGAUGUAUCCCGAGAUCUGUAUGCUUGAGCUCACCCUUUUGAGUGUCAGCAGUUCUACCCUUGAUGUCCUAACCUAUGUGUUCAGGAGUCUGCUGGAAAUUGUUAAACACAAUGAAGAAAAUGCUGCCUCCAUAUACCAGCAGGGAGCGGUAACAACUAUCUUAAAUGGUUUUCAGAGUAUCUUGAGCCAAUCUGGGAUGAAUUUGGAGGAGUGCCAGGCAGUUCUUGUGGAAUUGUUGGUGACUUUAACCAAGUCCAGGUUGUCAGCAGAAGAAUUGACCUUUCUCCUGAGAUUAUUUUUGGAAAAGACCUCUCCAACUAAAAUACUACUUAGAGGAAUUCUGAGCAUAGUGGAAGCAAAUAUAAACAUGGACCCAAUGCAGUACCUUACUUUCCCAAUAGUGUUGAACACAAAUACUUGCAGUAACAUUUCAUCCAUUCAGAAAACCAGCUCUACUACCAGCAGCAAGACCUCCAACCUUCUAAAGCGUGUCAAGUUCCCACAAAACAGAAGAGAGACAGAACUUGAGAGAUUAUCGUCACCUUGGCACGUGGCUCCACUUCACCUGCCAGUUGUUGGUCAGAACUGUUGGCCUCAUAUGUCAGAUGGCUUUAGUGUUUCACUGUGGUUAAAGGUGGAGGUAUCCAAAGUGACAGAUGGGUUAAUUAAAAAAGUGAGAAAACAAAAACGAAAUUGGCUGGCUACUUCCAGAGAUAAGAGUGCUGACUGUGUUGAAGAUGGAAAAUCAACAGGGUUCUAUUGCAGUGGAGUUUCAGAUUCUUCUGCUAAAUUGAUGGAAGAUGGUUGUCUUCAUGUGAUUUCAUUAGGUUCUAAAACAACGAUGCUGCAAGUUUGGGCCGAUUUGAACACACGUGGCUUUAUAUUCAGAAUCUGCAAUGAUGCAAACGAUGAAUUAAAAACAGGUGUUCUGGCACAGGCUGAGUCAGCGCCAAAUAUCAUAACUCCAGGCAAAUGGCAGCACUUAGCACUGACUUAUGCACAACAGACAGAAAACAAAAAAUAUAUUAAUGCGUUGCUUUCACUGUGGGUAUCCGGGCAAAGAAAGGAUGAGUUGGCCUUGUAUUAUACUAUACCUCGGAAAAGCAGCCUCUCCCCUGAUGGUAAUAAAACUUUUGCAUUGAUUGGCCACUCUGCAGCCCCACAAGAUUCUACUGGAUUAGCUGGAAGAUGGAGUAUUGGAAGCUUGCUCCUUUUUAAUGGUGCUAGAAUAGGGCUGGAAGAAGCAUAUUAUUUGUAUGUUUGUGGACCAGACUUCACCUCUAUUAUGCCUUGUAAAUAUGGUAAAAUUCAAGCAAAUUACUCCAAGUAUGUUACUCUGGAGAUUCUACAGUGUGAUCAAAUUAAAGAGCUUCUCAUGAAAAACAAGGAAGUGAAUACUGGCCCUCUGGUGGAUAACCUCGCGAUUGUUUACAAUCCACAGUAUCCUGCUCAGUAUACCAUUUAUGACCCAGUUAUUCGACUCAAAGGACAAACAAGAACAGUAUCACCACAAAGGCCAUUCAGCUUGAAGGAUGUCCAGAACAAUGCUAUGGAGCCCCAGAAACUAAAGUCUCUGCAACCUCUGGAGCAUCAGGAGCUUCAGCGUAUCCUCCACAAAAUUGGAGGAACUGGUGCAUUCAUCUUUCUCUUUGCUAGGUCUGUAGAGAUAAGUGACGAUGAAGAAACACAAGCUCUGGCACUGAAUGUUGUACUUACUUUGACAAAGUACAACCAGCAGAGAAUCCAGGAAAUGGAAAGUUGUCACGGCUAUACUAUGAUUCACCAAGUUCUCAUCAAAAUGAAAUGUAUUGUGGGCUUUCACAUCUUAAAGACUUUACUUGAUGGAUGCUGCAGUGCUCCAGUGCUUAACUUUAAUGAGUCCACGUGUCAAUUUGAGAUUGAUACUGAAACAAGUGCAGUGAUCCAGGAUGUGAAGAUCUUGUCAGAAUUGUUACUGGACUGGAAGAUCUGGUCCAAAGCACAGAAUGGUGUCUGGGAAACGCUGAUGGCAGCUCUUGAAGUGCUCAUUAGAGUCAAUCAUCCCAAACAGAUGUUCAAUAUCAAACAACUUCUGAAGGCUCAAGUGGUUUAUCGCUUCCUCUUGACUUGCCAGGUUCUUCAGGAACACCGAGAUGAACAGCUGACAUCUAUUCCUCGGGAUGUCUGCAGAUCAUUUGUGAAGAUCAUUGAAGAAGUACUUGGGUCACCACCAGAUCUUGAGUUGCUGAAGCUGGUUUACAAUUUUUUGUUGGCAGUACAUCCUCCCACUAAUACUUACGUUUGCCACACCCCACCAGGCUUUUACUUUUCACUCCACAUAGAUGGAAAGAUCUUUCAAGAGAAGGUCAAAUUGAUCAAAUGUAUGCGGUAUUCUAAUAGCAGUGGAAAAUCCAGUGAAAGCCCUGGUUUUCUAUCACCAUCUGCCUUUACUGUUGUCCCACCAGAAGGAGAAAAAGUACAAAUUAGCACCUUAAGCGAUGAAAAGCAGGAAUCUCCUUUAUUGCCAUUGUAUGAACCACACUUCCAAGGUUUAUCAUUGACCCCUUCCACAUUACCACAAAUUGGAAUCCGAAUUUUGACGCCAAGUGAAGAACAGGAUGUUGACAUAAAGGCUUUUGACGUUGAGUCCGACUCUAAGAGCUUUUUUUCAGAGAACGUUCCCAAAAUGGCCACUGCAGAAAUACUGAAAUCAACACAGGAUGAGGUGCUCCUCAGCAGCAGUGAGUCAGCAAAGACCUUAUGCGAGUCAGAAAAGGGACCUUCCAUGAGAACUGUUAUUGCACAUGGUGAAACCCAAGAAUCUUUAGAACAUGUUUUGGAGGCAGAUAGCCCAGCAAAUGUGAGCUUCAAGAUUGAUGUGGAACAUGUCUCAAAUGAGAGUUCAUCAACUUUGGAACCAGAACUGAAACUGGAAGGGGCAGGUGAUGGAGUAAAUCGACCAGACAGUCUCCAAGGCCUUCAGAUGUUCCAGAGAAGUCAGAGUAAUUUUACUGGGCUGGGAUUAGCAUUUCCAUCCCAGAAUGGAUCUUUAGUUAUUGGACGUUUGCCAAGUAUGACUGGCAAGAAUUUAAUUCCUGAAGAAUGGGAAAACUUUGGUUUCUCACCUCUUUAUGAAAGACCCUACACGCAAAGUGAUGGUGCAACAGAUAGAUCAUCAACAGAGGACUGUCUGAUUCUCAUCUGCUGUGGAUUGUAUAACCUUUUGAAAGGAAUUUUACUCAUCUUGCCAGAUGUGAUGCUUGCUGAUGUGAUGGACAAAUUAAUUCAACCGGAAGCAUUGAUAGUCCUUGUUAAUCAUCCAGCUCCAGUUAUACAGCAAGGAGUUAUUAAGCUGCUGGAUGCAUAUUUCACACGUGCUACAAAGGAUCAAAAGGAAAAAUUCCUGAAAAACCAUGGGUUUUCAUUAUUGGCCAAUCAACUUUACCUUCAUCAAGGGACACAAGGCUUGUUGGAUUGUUUUCUUGAAAUGCUGCUGGGCCGGGCAGUCGAUCUGGAUGAAGAGUUGGAUUCAGAGACUGUGGCUGGUAUCGACCCAUUCCAUAAAAGAUGCAUCAUUCCUGUAUUGGGCCUUAUUGAAAACUCUCUCUAUGAAAAUACAUUACUGCACCAUAUAUUGUGUGUUGUACUCCAGUUUUUGAACACCUGUUCCAAGUUAGCUGAUAUACUACUUGAUAAUGGUUUGCUGUAUGUCUUGUUCAACACCUUGGCAGCACUUAAUGGACUAGAGAAUGGCAUUCCGUUGAGUGAAUACAAAUUGGUGUUGUGUGAUAUUCAGCAGCUGCUGGUCGCGGUUACCAUCCAUUCCUGCAGCUCUUCUGGUUUGCCAUAUUUUCGCAUAAUAGAAGAUUUAAUAUCACUGCUUGGAUACCUACAGAACAGCAAGGAUACAAAAACUAAAGAAAUGGCUAUUGUACUGCAGUUCCGGGUCCUUCAGAGUGGCAUUGAAUUUAUCAAAACCACAGCUAACCAGGAUGCACAGAAUAUGAGUAGCUCCUUCAAUUUACCUGCAAAUCAACACCACGCUAUUCAUCAGAAGAGGAAGAGUAUUGCUGGUUCCCGCAGGUUUUCAUCUGCGCCAUCUGAUGCUUUGUUGAUGAGAAUGCGAUCAGUAGCCAGUGAUGAACUCUCUGAACUAAUGCAAAGAAGAAUGAGCCAUGAAAACGCAAUGAGAGCAUCUGAGACAGAGUUUAUACAGAGAUUGCAGAGGCUUACAAUUUUAUCGGUUAACAGACUAAUCUACCAAGAACUUGAUUCUGACUCUCUGGAUUUAUUGAGCACAUCUGAAUAUCCACAACAGAAUAGAGUAUCUCUGGAAGAAGGCUUUGAGGAUGUUGUGUCAGAGCUAUCCACCAACAACAUAAAAACUUUUCAGAAAGAAAUGCUAAAAUUGAUGAUUGAAGGAAUUAAAAUAUCCUUGGAAGCAGGUAGAAACAACCUGCCACGGCAGCAGUGGAAGCGCAUGCUUUGGUCUUGCAGAGAAACAUUCCGGUCCCAGCUGGGUCGAUUGCUUGUCCACAUUCUCUGUCCUGCCCGCCCAUUGGAAGAGAGGAAAAUGGCUUUGGAAAUAGUUUAUGAACCAAACCAUUUUGAGAUUCUGCGCGAGUGUCUCAGUCAAGCAUUGGAGCAUGGACCCAAGCUGGCAUUGUAUUUGUAUGAACUGAUGCAUGACCACACGGAGGCUUUAUCCAAAAAACAGCAAUCUGCAGCAGCCAGUCUUUACUCAUCUUUGAAGCUCUGCGGAUACAAGUGUAUUCCUCUUGAUGCUCCAUACAAACCAGAUCUCAUUAAAGCCAUUGAAGAGGAGCAGACCAAAUAUGUGAAUGAGGAAAUUGCAAACAAAGUUGCCUGGGAAAAAAAAAUUGCGACCUCUCAGCAGAGUCUCCUUCAACGGUUGGAUUUGAAGUCUAAAGAUAUUUCCAAAAUAGCUGCUGAAAUCACUCAGAAUAUCUCUCUGCAGCAAGGUAUGGAGAGGAAGAAAGUGAUUCAGCACAUCAGGGGAAUGUACAAGAUAGAUUUAACUGCUGGCAGACACUGGCAAGAACUUGUUCAACAGCUAACGCAUGAGAGGGCUGUAUGGUAUGAUCCUGUGUCUUAUCCAACUUCAUGGCAACUGGACCCAACAGAAGGUCCCAACAGAGAAAGACGACGCUUACAAAGAUGUUAUUUGACCAUUCCCAAUAAAUACCUGCUCAGGAAUCGACAUAAACCUGAGGAACCACUAAAGCCUCCUUUGUCAUUUUUGUUUGAGGAUAAAUCGCGUUCUUCUUUUUCAUCAACUGUAAAGGAUAAAGCAACUAGUGAACCCAUCAGAUUCAUACGGAAAUGUAUCAAUGUUGCCCCAUCUCGAGAAACAGUUGGUGAACUCCUUCUAGGGGAAUCAGGAAUGUAUUUUGUUGAGGACAAUGCUGCUGAUGCCUUUGAGCAUCCUAGUUCUGCUAUGGAAAUGGAGCCAGCCUCAUUCUCCUGGAAAUAUGAAGAAAUUAAAGAGAUUCAUAAGCGCUGGUGGCAGCUGCGUGAUAAUGCCCUGGAAAUAUUCCUAACCAAUGGCAGAACUCUUCUUCUGGCAUUUGACAAUACAAAGGUUCGAGAUGAUGUUCAUCACAAUAUUCUGUCUUCCAGUCUGCCAAAUUUAUUAGAAUAUGGAAAUAUUACAGCUCUGACUCAGUUAUGGUGCUCAGGACAGAUAACCAACUUUGAGUAUUUGACCCAUUUAAACAAGCAUGCAGGUCGCUCCUUCAAUGAUCUCAUGCAAUAUCCUGUCUUUCCCUUUGUGCUGAGUGACUAUACCAGUGAAACAGUUGACUUGAAUGAACCUUCCAUUUACAGAAACCUCCUGAAACCUAUUGCUGUACAGUCCAAAGAGAAAGAAGAUCGCUAUGUUGACAACUAUAAGUACCUGGAGGAGGAAUAUUGCAAAGGGGCUCAAGAAGAUGAUCCAAUGCCACCUGUCCAGCCGUAUCACUAUGGGUCUCAUUAUUCAAACAGUGGAACAGUCCUGCACUUCUUAGUCAGGAUGCCACCAUUCACCAAGAUGUUUCUGGCUUACCAGGAUCAAAGUUUCGAUAUCCCAGAUCGAACAUUUCACUCUAUGAAUACUACCUGGCGCUUAUCCUCUUAUGAAUCAAUGACUGAUGUGAAGGAGCUCAUUCCAGAAUUCUUUUAUCUUCCAGAAUUUUUGGUCAAUAGAGAAGGCUUUGACUUUGGAAUGCGGCAGAAUGGAGAUAGAGUGAAUCAUGUAAAUCUUCCACCUUGGGCUCGCAAUGAUCCCAGACUCUUCAUCCUGAUUCAUCGCCAAGCCUUGGAGUCAGAUCAUGUUUCACAAACUAUUUGCAAUUGGAUUGAUCUGGUGUUUGGGAACAAGCAAAAGGGGAGAGCUGCUGUUUAUGCUAUCAAUGUCUUUCACCCUGCGACUUAUUUUGGCAUGGACGUGUCUGCUGUUGAAGAUCCUGUGCAAAGACGAGCCCUGGAGACUAUGAUCAAAACCUAUGGUCAGACACCUCGGCAGAUCUUCACAGCCACUCAUCCGAGCAAACACGGGCCAAGACUGUCAAUGGAGGGGGAGCUGCCUGCAGCUAUGGGUCUCCUUGUGCAGUUUGCUUUCAGAGAGAGCAGAGAGCAUAUCAAAGAAGUCAUCUAUCCGAGUCCCUUGUCAUGGAUUAAAGGACUGAAGUGGGGUGAGUACGUGGGUUCUCCCAGUGCACCAGAUCCUGUAAUUUGCUUCAGUCAGUUCCAUGGAGAGCAAUUUGGAUCACUACUAGCAUUGCCCACCAGAGCUAUCUGUGGUCUGUCGAAAAAGUUCUGCCUAAUGAUGACGUACAGCAAAGAACAAGGUGUUCGAAGCAUGCACAAUACAGAUAUCCAGUGGUCAGCCAUUUUGAGCUGGGGUUACGCUGAUAACAUACUAAGACUGAAAAGCAAACAAAGUGAGCCCCCAAUCAACUUCAUUCAGUGCUCUCCUUUGCACCAGGUUACAAGUUGUGCGUGGGUACCUGAGAGCUGCCAACUAUUUACUGGCAGUAAAUGUGGAGUAGUUACUGCAUACUCAAGCAGAUUUACCAGCAAGAUGUCUUCAGAAAUUGAGGUGGAAUCUAAAGUCUACUUGUAUGGCCAUACUGCAGAAGUAAUCAGCUUGUGUGUUUGCAAACCAUACAGCAUUCUGAUCAGUGUCAGCAAGGAUGGAACCUGCAUUAUAUGGGAUCUGAACAGGCUGUGUUAUGUUCAGAGUUUAACAGGACAUAAAAGUCCAGUGACAGCGGUUUCUACUAGUGAGACAACUGGUGACACUGCAACUGUUUGUGAUUCAGUUGGUGGUGGCAGUGAUCUGAGACUGUGGACAGUAAAUGGAGAUCUCAGCGGCCAUGUGCACUGUCGAGAGAUAAUUUGCUCUGUAGCUUUUUCCAAUCAGCCUGAAGGUGUAUCUGUCAAUGUGAUUGCCGGAGGGCUAGAAAAUGGCAUAGUAAGGCUGUGGAGUACUUGGGACUUGAAACCUGUUCGAGAAAUUAUCUUCCCUAAGUCAAACCGACCUAUCAUCAGUCUGACCUUCUCCUGUGACGGCCAUCAUCUCUAUACAGCAAACAUCGAUGGGACUGUGAUAGCAUGGUGUCGUAAAGACCAACAGCGGAUGAAGCUCCCCAUAUUCUAUCCCUUCCUAAGCAGUUAUGGGGCUGGAUGAAAACUAGCCUGCAAAUAUGAUUGUACCAGUCACUGUGCAUGUAAUGGAGCCUGUUGUGCCCUUGUGGGAGGCGGUGGGAUGAGGGGAAGACUGGGAAAAUGAAGAGUUCCUUCCUACAUGUAAAUAUUCCAAGUGCAGAGACUACUCAAGCUGAUCAGGUGUUCUUCUCAUCAAUCAGGACAAAAUGGAAUCAUGAAAACUAUUGAGCAAAGCAGAUUUCAUCUCUGCAGUCUGUUCCUUGACUUUGUGGGAUAUGCAGUCCUUCAAAGUACAGUCAGUUUGGAACUACUAAAACCCAGCAACUCAAUUUAAAUUUGGUGUAAGUUAUGCAAUGUGUAAGGUUGUUGGAUUUAAAGUGCAAUAUUUUCUACUUGAAAAUCUCCCAAGUUUUGCGUACAAUGUGCAUGAGACCAAGCAGGUUAGAUAUAGAAGAAUAAUCACUUACAUAACAGCAUGGAAAUAUCUAUGUUAAAGCACCUUAAAACAAUGUCUGUGCACACAGCAUCUGCCUUGAACGUUUACAAUUCAUUUUGCAAGCUCUGUCAUUUCUCAUGCCUUUCCUCAGAAAUAAAAUCACACUUUGUAAUAAUUUGAUAAUAUGGUCCAGAUUGUAACUUUUUUUAUACCUAGCAUUAAGCAGACCCUAAUUUGAGAAGAGUCGCCUAGCUGGUGCUUGCCAGAUUGCAUGAAAGGAUAAAUAUUGUCUUAAACUGAGUGGAUGUACAUCUAACAAUGCAGAAAAUUGGGUUGGCUUUAUUGGAGACACAAUACUGGUGUCAAAUAGAUUGUUUAUAGUUAGUUUGCUCCCCACUUGUGAUAAAUAAAUGACCACUCUUGUUUAAUUGAAGGGCACAGAUUCUCAAUUUUGAUUGCAACUUCCCUCUGAAAGUUGUCUUUUGUGUAUGAUCCUUAAUUAUAUUUAAAAAGUAUUAGAAAAUGUGUAUUUUACAAACUUUUUGAACUAGUUUGUCAAUUGUUUUGCUGAUAUAUAAAACUUUUGCAAGCGUGUAACUUAUUUAAAAAUUUAAAAAACCAGUGUUCUCAGACUUUGAAAGUGAGCAUUUGCUGUAUUUUGUACUUAUUCCUUAUAUAUCUGUACAAAGUAUUUGUGCUGAAUAUUUGGACAUUAAAUUAAUUGUAA